AUGGCCUCAGCCAUGGCUUCUGCCAACGGCCUCGCCUCCAGAAGUCUACAGGAUUUUAUUGAUAACCUCACAAAACAAAACUCAGACCCCCGAGUCGGUUCUGGCCGUGAAGGCUCUAGUGGCGGCACACUCAGCGGAUCGAAUGGCAGCAAGUCUGCGUCACUGUCAAAGCUGGGCUCGACAUUUAUCCCCGUCAUAGUUUACGUUGCCGUUUGCCUCCUCGUCUUCAUCGUCGCCCGUCGCCGAUAUCCUCGAGUCUACGCCCCUCGAACUAUUUCCGCUCUUCGCAGUCCCGAAACCCCUGCUCCCGCCCUACCCCGCGGUUGGUUCAACUGGAUUGUGCCGUUCUUCAAAGUUCCCGAUACCUUCGUUCUCAACCACGGCUCUCUUGAUGGCUUCUUCUUUCUUCGCUUUCUGAAAGUUUUGCGCAACGUCUGCUUCUUCGGCUGCCUUAUCUCCUGGCCGAUCCUCUUCCCCCUCCAUGCGACCGGCGGGAAUGGUGAGGAGCAGCUCGAGAAACUCACCAUCGGCAACGUCAGCGAUCCUGCCCGCCUCUAUGCCAAUGCUGUUGUUGCAUGGCUGCUCUUUGGCUUUGUCCUCUUCACCGUCUCGCGUGAAACCGUCUACUACAUCAACAUGCGCCAGGCCUACCUCUCCUCCCCGUACUACGCCAAGCGACUGUCAUCACGUACCGUCAUGUUCUCCAGCGUGCCCCGACGCUACCUUGACGAGGCGCGCAUCCGCAAGCUCUUUGGGGAUUCAGUCCGGCGAGUGUGGCUUCCGCGUACCUCCAAACACCUUGCCAACCUCGUCAAGGAGCGUGAGCAGACGGCCCUGAGGCUGGAAAAGGCCGAGAUUGCCCUCAUUAAGAAGGUCAAUUCCGCACGAGCCAAGCAACUGCGCUCCGACCCGGAUAGAAGCGCUUUAGUGAAACAGUGGGAGGGAUCGACUAACCAACUAGCCAGAGCUGAGGAGGGCCACAGCACCGAGCACUAUCGUUCGACAAGUUCCGAGGAUCGGAACGUAUCACGCACCGCCUCUGGAUCGUAUCCCUCUACUACCGGGGAGACAGCAGUCGAAUCGAUUGAGCUCGCCGAGGCAAACAAGGAAAAGGACCACAUCAUUGACUACAACAACAGCAACCACACAGAUGAGUACGACGAUGAUGAGGCCAUGUACAUACACCCAUACGGCCUCAACGUCGACAUUCCCGACGUCCGCGGCUCCGUUGCCUCGCUGUACAUAACAGCUCAGCAACGCCCCUACCACCGGCCCAUUGCCAACUACGGUCGCCGCAUCGAUACCAUCCGAUGGACACGUCGCCGUCUUAUCGAACUGAACCGAGACAUUGCCCAGAUGCGGAAGAAGCUUAAGAGCCCCAACUGCAAGACCUCCAACACCCUGCCUGCUGCCUUCGUCGAGUUCGACUCUCAAGAAGCCGCCCAGGCCGCCCACCAAAGCCUUACCCACCACCAGCCCCUGCACAUGGCUCCCAGGCUGAUUGGUGUGCGCCCUGACGAGGUGGUGUGGGAGACACUCCGCAUGCGCUGGUGGGAGCGAAUCAUGCGUCGCUUCCUCGUCCAGGGCUUCAUUGUUGCCGCCAUCAUCUUCUGGUCAAUCCCUUCGGCUGUUGUUGGUAUCAUAUCCAAUGUCGAGUCUCUCAGCAGCAUGUUCCCCUGGCUCAACUGGAUUCUUGAUCUUCCCAGCCUCAUCCUUGGCCUUCUGACUGGUUUCGUACCUGCCCUCGCCCUGUCCUUCUUCAUGGCCUUAGUGCCUGUCAUAAUGCGAAAAUGCGCUCGUGCUGCUGGUGUACCGGUUCACAGCAUGGUAGAGCUCUUCACCCAGACGGCCUACUUUGCCUUCCAGGUCGUCCAGGUCUUUCUUAUUACCACCCUUACGUCGGCAGCUUCGUCAGCCUUCUUCAAGAUCCUCAUGGACCCCGUUUCGGCAAAGGACGUACUUGCUCAGAACCUGCCCAAGGCAUCUAAUUUCUACAUCUCCUACAUCCUCAUCCAAUGCCUUGCGAAUUCUGGCACUCAGAUCCUGCAGCCUUUCCAGCUAAUGCGUCAGGGCAUCCUGAGCCAUGUUGCCCAGACUCCUCGUGGCCGGCACCGUGCGUGGCACACAAUGAUCCCACCGCGCUGGGGAAGAGAUUUUCCAGUCUUCGCUAACCUUGGUGUUAUCGCGCUCGCCUACACAUGCAUUGCGCCUCUCAUUUUGGCCUUUGCCGGCCUGGGCAUGGGCUUUACUCACAUCGUCUGGCGGUACAAUCUGAUCUAUGUCUACGAAGCAGACAUGGACAGCAAGGGCCUAUUUUACCCCCGCGCCCUGAACCACCUCAUCGUCGGACUCUACCUGGCCGAGAUCUGCCUUAUCGGCCUCUUUUUCCUGAAUGGGGCCACUGGUCCCGGUGUCUUGAUCAUCAUGCUCUUCGUCUUUACGGGACUGAUCCAGUACUCUAUCUCCCAGGCCAUUGGCCCGCUGCUCCAGAACCUACCUCAGACGCUGAAGCUCGAGGAGGAUAUCCAGGACGAGGAGCGGGCGGCAGCCGAGGCUGCCAAGACUAGACAGGACAACCCUGAGUCAGAGGACCUGGGAGCGGCCAACAGUUACUAUGAUACGGAGUUGACGUUCGGCGAGGAAGACGAGGAAUUCGUCGACGAAGACGAUGAUGAGGUGCCAACGCCCAUUGGCAACAGAGCUCUCGAAGGUGCCGGCACCGUACGCGACACCGUCGCCACGUGGGCCAAAGGUUUCACUAAAAAGGCAGCCAAGAAUGAGGCGUCGUCCAUGGGUAUAGACUUCGAUCGCGACUUUGACGCGGCGCCCAACUUCAUCACAAAAUGGUUUAAUCCACACAUCCACGAGGACUUUAUCGCCAUCCGCAAAAACCUCAUGACGUUACCAGACGAUCCGCCUGAUCUCGGUAACGACCCUCGCCAGAUCUACCACCCACCUGAGAUGUGGGAGACCAAGCCUAUUCUAUGGAUCCCACGGGACGAGGCUCGCGUCAGCCGCCAAGAGGUGGCGCACACGCGCAAGUCGACUCCUAUAUCAGACAAGGGAGCACACAUCGACAGCAAGGGAAGGAUUGUGGUAGACGUGGAGGCUGCGCCGUUUAUGAGGCCACGCCUCGUUGUGUAA